UCCAUCUACUCUCUUUUUCUACAACAAACAUGGCCGCGAAAUCAGACGGUACAGCCGUUUCUUUGCAGAAUGACAUUCCGCCGACGUGCCUCCCCGGGCUGGAGAAGCGCUCGCCCCAGUGGCGUCCCGUCGGGAGGGAGUAUUCGCUCCUGGACUGCUGCUGGACCCUCUGCGCCCUCUUGGUCUUUUUCUCGGACGGGGCUUCAGACCUGUGGCUGGCUGCCGACUACUAUCUCAGGCGGAACUACUGGUGGUUCGCUUUAACACUCGUUUUUAUCAUCAUUCCGUCUGUGGUGGUGCAGGUGCUCAGCUUCCGAUGGUUCGCGUACGACUACUCGGACGCCAACGGGAGCGGCACGGCUGCGGCUGCCAUGGUAGCGGCGUCCAAUGCGGAGAGUCACUUCAGCACCAAGGACAGCGAUCAGCGGGGCGCUGGCCGCUCCGCUGCGGUCACCGGAACCCGGAGCAGCGCUGAGAGCUGCUGCAGAGCCUGUGUGUGGCUCUUCCAAAGCGUCGUGCACGUUCUUCAGCUGGCACAGGUCUGGAGGUAUGUCCAUGCCUUAUAUCUGGGCGUGCAAAGCCGCUGGCGCGGGGACCACGAGCACAAACACUUCUACUGGCGUACGAUGUUCGAAAACGCUGACAUCAGCAUGCUGAGGUUGCUUGAGACCUUCCUGAAGAGCGCACCUCAGCUCGUUCUGCAACUCAGCAUUAUGGUCCAGGCCGGACAAGUCCUCCCUUUGCAGGGUCUGUCUGCGUCAGCCUCUUUAGUGUCUCUGGGCUGGAUGAUGGCGUCUUAUCAGAAGGCAUUACGGGACUCUCGUGACGACAAGCUCCCCAUGUCAUAUAAAGCAGUGGUGGUGCACAUGCUGUGGCACCUGUUCACAGUGGGAGCCCGCGCUAUGGCCUUUGCCCUCUUCGUUUCCAUUUUCCAGCUCUACUUUGGCAUUUUCAUAGUGGCCCACUGGUGUGCCAUGACCUUCUGGAUCAUCCAAGGCGAGACAGACUUCUGCAUGUCCAAGUGGGAGGAAAUCAUCUACAACAUGAUGGUGGGCAUCGUAUACAUAUUCUGCUGGUUCAGCGUGCGUGAGGGCCCCACACGCUGCCGUCUGCUGCUUUACAGCCUCAUAAUCCUAGGAGAAAAUGUGGCCCUCACUGCCGUGUGGUACAUAUAUCGCAGCCCGCCCACUUCGGACUUUUACGCCGUUGUGGUGGUGUGCGUAGUGGCCUGUAGCUAUGCCCUGGGCACAUUUUUUAUGUUCAUCUACUACUGCCUGUUGCACCCCGACGGCCCUGUAUCUGGAGCCUAUAUUGGGUGUUGCGAUGUCCAGGUGGGUGCUGUUUCAGAUCCUUGUGUCUCAUCGCCCACCUCUGCUCCUCCUCCUCUGGAUGCGGUGAGCAGCCCGCCGCGGACUCUGCAGAGGACUAAAGGUGGAGAGUCAGUACCAGGAGGAGACGUUGGAGAAGUGUUUAAAAUGAGGACCCUUAAGGCCUCGCGCACCACCGCGCCUCGGAUCGCCCCAAGGACAGAAGGGCCGGUAAUUCGCAUUGACCUUCCCAGGAAGCAGUACCCAGCCUGGGACGCCCACUUCAUUGAUCGCAGGCUGCGAAAGACCAUUUUGGUACUGGAAGCUGCCGCUCCGGUCACACCGAGGAUCCAGUACCGCUGUCUAGGCACACCGAAGGAAGUGAUGGAAUAUGAGACGACAGUCUGACACAUUUUACCCUCUCCAGAUUAAAAAUGUAAUGCGUUAGUGUGCAGAAAAGUCAGUUCUGUCCAGCUUUAUUUGAUGAAGAGGACGAGUCAGAUCUCCACAUGACCCCUUAUUGACUCUUGCCAUCUGUGAAAGCACAUGAUGCACUACUGUCUAGAAAAGAGCCACCCUGUGGUGACAUUAGACAUUACUACAGGUUAUUGGGUUAGGAGGCCAGGCAGGGGUCUGACCAAAUUAAUGAAAGAAAGCAGUAAGGCCACAGUAAAUCUACAGUUAAGGUCAAAAUUUACAUCAACCUUUCAGAAUCUGCAAAAUGUUCAUUAUUUUACCAAAAUAAGAGGGAUCAUACAAAAUGCAUGUUAUUUUUUAUUUAGUACUCAUUUAGACCUGAGUGAGAUAUUUCACAUAAAACAUGUUUACAUAUAGUCCACAAGAGAAAAUAAUAGUUGAAUUGAUAAAAAAUGACCCUGUUCAAAAGUUUUUGUGUUGUUACCUGAAUGAUCCACAGCUGUGUUUUUUUUUGUUUACUGAUAGUUGUUCAUGAGUCCCUUGUUUGUCCUGAACAGUUAAACUGCCCGCUCGUCUUCAGAAAAACCCUUCAGGUCCCACAAAUUCUUAGGUUUUCCAGCCUUUUUGUGUGUUUGAUCCCUUUCAAACAAUGAGUGUAUGAUUUUGAGAUCCAUCUUUU